AUGCAUCCUGUUAACGAUCUGACCUCUGGUGGAGCAGCGGACGAACUUGGGAUCGAGUUCAUGGAGAGUGGUGACACCUACCAGAGGCAGGUGCUGUCCAUCUUCAGCAUUGCCUCGGGGAUCUGUCUUCUUGGAGUGGCAUGCAUGGCCCUCUACCGUCGCAACAAAAGACAUCGGGAAAAACUCCAGGCUCACUUCUCUGACAGCCGCAGCUUGAGAGAGUGUAGUGUCAAUGCCUCUGGUCUAAUGUCCAAGUCCACUCCCAGGAUUCAAUACAGUCUUCAUCUGCAAAAGGGUUGCAGCUCUCAUGGACCAUCUUUUAAGGGCAAUGUUGUGGCACCAGGCUCAUCCACAGUCACCCCACCUGUUCUCAGCAAAGCACUGUCAAAAGGGAAAUGCUUCAGGAGCAGCUCUCUUUCACUUAGCCCAGCCCAACAUCGAAGAGAAGUCAGCCACUUCAGGACUCCGCCCAUUUCCAGGGGGAAGCACAAAAUAUCGACAAGUUUAAUUGACAGCUCCAGAGUGGCAGGGCAUGUCUACAGACACCUGCAAGAGGAUGAGUCAACAGACAUGGAACCCAUUAAAAGGUGUGAUUCAGCCAGGACAAGUGUGGGCACGCUCACUACCAGGACCUCUCUUACCAGCCCUUCUGCCAGAAAAGGAUGGACAGAGGUCCCAUGCACCCGCCUGGACAAGGGGACACCUUUCCUGCCACAUUCCAUGCGUACUCGGUCUGUGCCAAUCAUCCCAUCACUCCAAGCAUGUGAUCCUGAAGCUAAACCUGCUCGCACAAAUGACCAGAACCAAACAGGGCUCCUAAAGUGGUGCCCUGCUCUGUCAGGUGAGCUGUCAAAGCCCACCAGCAAUCCUCCCCCUCAGCAUGGGAAUUUCUUGUUGAAGACGGAGAUCUCAGCCUGCAGCACUACCCCCUUUGCCAACACGUGUGCUCUGCUGGGAUCAGAGAAGAAUGUUACAAAGGCAUCGUUCUCUGUUGAAUUCGCAACAGAAAUUGUGCAAGAUUUAAAGCAGAAAAGCUUUUCCAGUCAAGAGAAAAUGUCUGGACCCCACAGUGAGUGCCACCAUGGUGGCACAAACACUCUCAAGGCUGAGGCUGAGAUGGUGCAGCAGUCAGAGGGUAAAGGUAUCCAAUAUUUAGCUGGAGCGGUGCACACUGCGAGUGCAACCAGAAGUGUGAAAGUAGAGGGCCAAAGAGAAGUCCAGGGACAGUGCCAAGGUCAGACAUCUCCCUCACACAGAAGGGCAAACAGCUUUCUGGCCACCAAAGGACUCAGCUGCAGAGGAACUGGAAACACUUAUGCCAAGCCCUCUGCAAGCUGAUUGGAUUAACUUUGUAAAGCUUCAAAGAAACCAUUUCUAAUUACUGGAUACCUUUUCUUGGGGCUUGGGAUGGUUAGACUAUGGGACCAUCUGUGUUGCAACAUGGACCAGUAACAGAUGGCAAUCAAUUCUAAAGGAAGAUUAACAUAGCGCAUUGUUGUUCAGAUAAAAAGAAAAAAAAAAAAUACAAACUUGACACAAAAGACAUGAAACCACAAAGAGACAAACAAACACACAUUGUGAAUAAAUGUGACUCAAAAAGAAAAACUAAAGUGUGAUGAGUGGAAGCUUGAUUUAAAAAGUGUUAUACUAAAGCGAUCACUGUUUAAAAAGAGCUUCUACUUAGAAACCAAAAUAGUGUGUUAUUACUAUGUUGUUUCUCUAUUGUAAAGAAAUGAAAUUAUAUAUGUCAUAUAAUAUAUGUCAUAUAGGCGUAUAUAUAUUUGACAUACAAUUGUGACAAAAUAAAGAA